AUGGUAUCAGAGAAGCAGAGCACCGUUAUCCAAUAUAUUUCUUCUGAUGGCAGCGAGGACGCAGAGUUAUCGUUCGAGUUCAGCAAACAGGAACACGCUCUUGGCUGGUGGGAUGCCAUGCGUUUGCAUUACCCCGCCAUAGGCUGGGGAAUUUUCAUGAACCUGGCAACUGUUCUCAAAGGCAUUGACGGAGGAAUCGUUCGUAGCCUGGUCGGACUUCCUGUCUUCAAGGAGACAUACGGAUAUAGCGCCAAUGGAAAAUACACGAUUGCAGCACAAUGGCUAUCCGCAUUCAAUUAUGCCAACCUUCUAGGUGCUAUUGUCGGGGCUAUUUUGUCUGGAAUUACCUAUGACCGCUUUGGACCUCGAUUGAUGACAGCAAGCUGCUGUGUGCUCUCGAUUGCGUUCAUAUUCGUGCAGUUCUUUAGCCAUACCCCGGCUCAGCUUUUCGUCGGUGAGCUUAUCAACGGCUGUAUCAUUGCAUUCUACCCUAUUUGUGCAUCGGCAUAUGUCGGCGAAGUCACCCCCCUCGUACUUCGUGGGUUCGCAGCAACUAUGACUAACCUUGCUUUCUCAAUUGGCUCUCUGCUCGCUUCUGGUAUUCUCAAGCGUACAGAGUCCAUGGACAGCAAGUGGUCGUACAAAAUUCCUAUCGCAACCCAAUGGGCCCUACCAUGCGUUAUGCUUUUCCUGGUGCCUCUGUGCCCUGACCCACCGUACUGGUUGUGUCGCAAGGGUCGUUAUGAGGACGCUAUGGUCUCGCUGCGUCGUCUUGGGACCUCAACUACGGAUAUACCGAAGAAAUUAGCACACAUAAAGGAGACUCUCCGGGCGGAAAAAAGUCAUCAGAGGGAACGGCCAAAUUACAUUGAUUGUUUCCGGGGCUCUAAUUUUCGUCGCCUGGUCAUUUGUGUUAUGGCAUAUGAUAUGCAAGCGUUUACGGGCAAUGUCUUCUUUCUCAGUUAUGCCGUACAUUUCAUGGAGCUGGCUGGGCUUGAUGCUUCGGAUGCAUUUUCUAUGAAUAUAGGUCUCACCGCACUGGGACUACUAGGGACUUGCAUAUCGUGGUUUCUACUCUCCUACAUUGGUCGGAGAAACGUGUAUAUUUUUGGAUGCUCCACGCUGGCCGUGGUACUAUUCAUCAUUGGUGCCGUCGAUCUUGCCCCACGGCAACCAUCUACCACGUGGGCGCAGUGCGGCUUGAUGCUACUCUGUACUUUUGUGUAUGAUAUGAGCUUGGGACCAUUUUGCUACGUUCUAUUGGCCGAGGUAUCUUCUGCAAAACUCCGUGGACUUACAAUCGCACUCUCAACUGUGAGCUGCUUUAUCUGGUCGAUUGUUUUUGCGGUUGUCAUACCAUAUGCCAUGAAUGAGGACGAGGGUAAUUGGCGUGGCAAAAUUGGAUUUUUGUUCUCAGGCCUUAGUUUCCUAAGUUCUGUCUAUUGCUUCUGGUGCAUCCCCGAAACAAAAGAUCGUACAUUUGAGGAACUGGAUAUAUUGUUUGAGCGAAAGGUCCCAAGUCGUAAGUUCAAGUAUUUCAAGAUUGAUGUUAAUAUUGGCGGGAGGCGUCUGGAAUGA